AUGGGAUCCCUUCUGGUAUUAGACUCUGCAUCUCACCUGCUGCAACUUCUCAUUUCUCAUUUCGAUCUGCUGUCUUUCCUAUUUCCCUCAUUUUCUCCCGCUUUUAAUCUUAGUUUUUAUUUUUUAUUCCUGAAAUUACGUUUAGAGUGUGGAGCUUAAGUUUUGAAUUUAUUAACGUCAGGAAUCGAUGAGUAUAUUUAUGUUUUUCUAUUCAUUAGUCCUUCCAUCUGCUUUCUAUUUCCAAUCCUUCAUCUUGAUAUUUGCUGGAUACUUGGGCUUGUCUUUUCCUUAAAUCUCGUUUUAUGGACUCUUGAUGCUCAAAUUUUUUUUUAUACUCUGUUGUGCUGUCCGUUUUCAAAAAAUUAUGUUUAUUUUACCACCUUCUUGGCUUAUCAUAAAAAAACUUGAGUGCAGUUCUGAUUUCUGUAUGAUAUUGCAUACAAAUACAACAGAAAAGCUGACAGAGUUUAUAGACAAGGAAAAUCAGCCAUUAUUUUGAUAUUCUUCAUGGGAAAACCACUUCUAAUUCGUGUAAUUUUUAGAGUUAAAUCUGAUUGCCUUUAACUAAAAAUACACCUAGAGCAUGUGAUAUCAUUUCUCUUUACCAUUGUGGAAAGAGGGAAAGGGAGAGAAAGGAAGGGAAGGAUUUGUUACUAGUUUCAGCCUGGAGAGUGUGACAUAUGUUAUGUCUUCUCUGCCUCAUCAGGGGAAUACUUUUCUGUAAGAAGUACUAACCUGAAGUACCCCCCCUGUGUGUGUUUGGGGAGUUUGCAAUGUGAUUUCAAAGAGAUAAUGGGAUAUUGCGGAAGCAAAUAAGGUUACUUUUAGCCUACUUUAUCAAGAUCACUGGAUACCUUAAGGAUUCCAUGUGUUAUCCACAAAUUUUAUCAGAUUGAUUGGAUUCAUGUGUAGCUUGAAGGGUUGAUCUUGGUUCAAAUUUUCUGUGAUUUAUCUAGGACUGAUGGUUUAUGUUUUCAGGGAUGAUUUAUUUUGAUGUCGUUCCUCCUUGUUAGUUGUCCGAUCACUUGUUCUAAAUUUCCUCUGCCCUCACUUGCAUUUCAGGAAGAAACCUCCGACCCACAUCCAGAUAUGGGCGAUGAUAAUAUCUUUCCUGCCAUUGGUUGUCUUCCUUGUUCACAGAGGUAUCUUCUGAGCUCCCUCUCUGAGGGAAAUCAGACCAAAUGCAGUGCAGAAAUUAAAACUUUAAUAUCUCAGGAAUUUGGUUCGCAUGAUUCAUGUAAAAGGGUGCCACAUAGUAAGAGCACUACGCCUGUGGUGUCAGCCAUGCAGCGACAUCUUAAUGGAGAUGGUUCACAUCGCCGUCUAGUUUCGUCUAUGAGAUUUGAGUUUCUUCAAGAUAGUAUACCUGAGCUUGAUGCUUACUAUUGUAAGGUUGUUCUGAUUGAAAGCCUUCCUGCUGGAGUUUUUGCUGACUCAUUUGAAUUAGAUCGUCUUGUACAUAAUGGGGGUAAUUUUUUUCUUUUCGUAUGAUCAUCUCUUUUCUAUUUUAUCUAAUUUCCUUUAACCAAUGGUAAAACUACCGUUGUUUCAGUGUUCUUAGAUGCUGCUAUUUUUGGAGAUACAAAUCUGGAAUUACCUUCCACUCUUUCCAAUAGAUCAACUCUUGAGCUUCAUUUGGAUGGUGGGCAUACUAAUAUGUUAGAGCUCCAAAUAUUUCACAUUUCGAGUGAAUUGCCAUUGCAUGCUAGAUAUCCAGUAAGUUAAAUUUUCUGUCUUCGAAUUCUUUUACUUUUGGUACGUUUCCUUGAAAUAAUAUGCCUUAAUUAAAAACAAAUUAGUAACUUUUUCCAGUUAUGUCUAAUAGUUUUCUUCAGCUGGACAUUUGACCCUGCGGAUAAGGUAGUACUUUUAGCUCCAUUGGUGUUUGCCGUCACAUUAAAGAUCAUCUCUCAGUUUCAAUUUAGAUACAUUCACUGUCAGAUCACUUUUCAUGCUACCAGAAUUCAGCACAGAUUCGACAUAGUAUAUUACUGUAGGUGGUAUGGUAGACAGACGCAUGGUGUGGGUAACGUACAUUUGAAAAUCCUGUUAGAACAACAUUUCAAUGUCUUUUUUACACAGACUAGGCAAAGUCAAAGGCCAUUUGAGGUCCAAUUACUUUCCCGGAAAUAGAGAAGGUUCUCUUGUAGUAGGGCCCAAUUUGCCUGGCAGAUAUCUAUCCACAGUUGGGCAUAUCAUGUAUCGUAUAAAUGCAAUAAAUCACAGUUACUCUUUCUUUGUUAGGUUCUAAUUAACAUUGACAAUCGUCCGUGGGGAAGAUCCGAGUUUAAUUUAUUUAAACUAUCUGAAAUCGUAUUCAAAUCAAUGAUAAACUCCGAAUUACAUAACUAGUAAAUAGUUGCAAACAAUUUAGAAUAAUGUUUCAGGACUAGCUGUGAGUUAUAAUUGAAUAGUUGGAAUUUAUUAUUUCAUGCGGGUGUUCAUCCUCUUAUUAAUGGAUUAAUCUAACAUUCUCAGACAGGAAAUUUGAAUUGUUACCCGCAAAUAUUACUAGUAUCUGUGCAUAGGUGUAAACAGAAGUAUCUGUGCAUACUUCUAUUUAGUUUUUUAUGUAUACUAGUCUGCUGAUAAUAAUCUAAUUGUACGUAAUUAUUGGUUUUAGUCUUGUUAGGUAUUUUUGGAGAGACACUUUCUGCUUCUAGUAAAACAGCUUUUGUUUUCAUUGCAGCCCCUUGAUGCACGUGGUUACUCGAAAGUGGAGAUAGGGACACCUAAUGUGGCGAUGGUCUGCAAGCCAAAGCAUUUGCUGCAGGACUGUUCUUCCUUGAUCUAUAGCUGGAGUAUGAGGUCUGAACAGAAGGUCAUUUGGGACGUACCCUGUGGAAAUCAAGCGUUUUCAGGAAUUGUUUCGGGUGUUACCUUUGCUUCAGCUCUGCUAUCCGCAUUAAUAAUUGCUUACGUUUCUAUAAUCCACUCUUUGUCACGCAAGCAAAUUAAACAAUCAUAA